AUGCGUGUUCUCGUUCUUGGUGGCAGUGGACAGACUGGUCGUCUCGUCAUCGAUGAAGCAUUGCAGCGCGGCCACAAGAUUACAGCCUUGAUUCGUAAUCCGUCUGCACUUCCAGUUAUGGAAGGUCUGACUAUCGUGAAGGGCACACCAGUGGAACCUUCGGACAUUGAAAGCGCUUUCACCGCAGUCCCAGGCGACCUCCCAACUGCUGUCAUCGUCGCUCUUGGAUCCGCAAAAGAAAAGGGGACUCGAGUCAUGUCUCAGACGCACGAAAACCUCGUCGCUGCUAUGAAAAGACAUGGCAUUUCCAAAAUUGCGACAGUAUCUUCAUUUGGAGUUGGAUCUUCUCUCGCAAAUAUCACCGUGAUUAUGAAAUGGGCAAUUUCCAACACCAGCCUUGGGUAUUCAUUCGCGGACCAUACUCAAGUCGAUGGGAUACUCAAGAAGAGCGAAUUGAACUUCGUGCUGUUGAGGCCAGUGAGACUGACUAUGGGAAAAAAAGCGCCCGUUCGGUUCCUUGGCGACGAUGGGAAAGGACUCGGGAUGUUCGCGGGCCUGGGAGGGAUUUCGAGGGCUAGUGUGGCAGCGUGUCUGGUGGAUGCUGUUGAGAAGAGCACUUGGGAUCGAAGCACUCCUGUGAUAUCGAACUGA